AAAGGAAGAAGAGUAACUCAAGUGAAUCCGGUCAGAAAGAGGAGAAGUAUCUUGUCGGGAUGGUCGCUGUGACACACACAGACGGCAUCUUCAAGAAUCCACAUGAGGUCUGAAAGUCUGUAGGAGGAAAGCUCGGAGAUGUCAGAUCUGUCAGGAUAACAGGAAGUGGGAUGGUUCUCACUGACUGCCUGUCAAAGCGUCAGAGAGACACAGCUCUGAAGAUUCAUGCGUUUAGAGAUCACAGCGGUGUGGACUGCUUCCUCCUCGGAGCAGAAGUGAAGAAGAAGGGGAGUAAUAAAGUCAGAUAAACAUGCAUUAGAUAAAGCAGACGGUGGAGGUCGAGUCAUGUCGGGAGGCUGAAGGUGUGUGUGAGGCGAGAAAGGCUGACAAGAUUCAGAAACGGGGAGGAGGAGGAGAGUAGCUCGGUGUGUUUGACGUUUGAGGAGGAGUUACCAGAGAGAGGGGAUCUAGAUCAUGUGUGUUACAGGGUGAGGGAGCUCCUCUCAGGUGUUUCUGCUGUCAGGAAUAUGGACGAGUUGCUGCAGGAUGAAGAGGAGGCAGGAGGUGUGGGAAGGAUAACUGGAGAAAGAGCAAGCAAAGUGUCUGCACUGCGAAGGGAAACCACCAUACGGGAUCAGCACAGAGCCCAGAGAGAAUUAAGGAAGUAAAAAUGAAUGGGAUCAGAGCAGAAAGGGGAUUGUCAUACGCUGAAGCUGCUGAGAGAAUGGAGAGAAACGGUGAAAUGGUGCAAAAGGAAAAGGAGCAGAAAGGAAAUGGAGAUGAGCGGAACAUCAGUAUGGACAAGAAGCGAUUUCUGGCAUUUCUUGCCACGGUUAUAAACUGUGCUGCUGGAAUAAAGGGGGAGUCGGAAAGGAUUAAGAUGGCGCUGGACGCUGCAAGGAGGUUCCUGAAUGCUGUGGACACAUCUGGAGAGGAUCCAGAUGUUACACUGAGGGAAGGAGCUGCACCGGCUCAGACACUUGGGUCUGGGUUAGAGACUGGACUAUGGCACUAUGGGAGCACUUUAGGUGGACACUGUAAAUAGUUUAAACUGUGAAGCUGUUAAAAUCCAGUAGGUGGCGGUAAUGAACAAUUAGGGACGCCGAGCGCCAUAAAACUCAACAGAAGAAGAAGAAGCUGAUGAUUCCCGCCUGAAACAUGUGUAGAUCUAACUUCCUCUUCAUCACGGGAAACCUUUAGUGUUGUGCAGAGAAGCAGUCCGUCUGUUGAACUGAUAAUGAAGUUCAGACAUAAAGCUGCUCGCUCGCCUUCAAACACGGAGAAGAUGACCUGCAGCAUCCUGCUGCUCAUCACCCUGACCUCCUGCGUCUGUGGUUCGUUUCCACCUGCAGCAGGAACAUUUGUAGUGAAUGUGACACAGAGCUCCUAUCAGGCAGAGGAGAACGAGGACAUCACACUGGAAUGGACGUUCACAACCAAACCUGACAGUUCAAACUCCCUUAAUAUCUUCUGUGACCUGACUACUGAACACAAGGCCUCAGUCCUGUAUCAUCUGCAUGAAGGUGUUGAGGUCCCAGAGUCUCAGGAUGGACAGUUUGCGGGACGAGUCCAGUGUGACAGAGACGUCCUCAGAGAAGGACGACUCAGACUUCAUGUGUCCAGACUCACGACUGAGGACUCGGGCCUGUACCUGUGUGAAGUGAGGACAACUUAUGGUGGCAGCUCUGGUGAAAGCAGACUCAAUGUCACUGCCAGUGAUCGGCCCGAAGAUGAGACACAAAAACCAACAAGCCAGGGAGCGACCACCUGCCACUGCAGAUUAGGGAGAAGAUGACCUGCAGCAUCCUGCUGCUCAUCACCCUGACCUCCUGCGUCUGUGGUUCGUUUCCACCUGCAGCAGGAACAUUUGUAGUGAAUGUGACACAGAGCUCCUAUCAGGCAGAGGAGAACGAGAACAUCACACUGGAAUGGACGUUCACAACCAAACCUGACAGUUCAAACUCCCUUAAUAUCUUCUGUGACCUGAUUACUGAUCACAAGGUCUCAGUCCUGUAUCAUCUACAUGAAGGUGUUGAGGUCCCAGAGUCUCAGGAUGGACAGUUUGCGGGACGAGUCCAGUGUGACAGAGACGUCCUCAGAGAAGGACGACUCAGACUUCAUGUGUCCAGACUCAGGACUGAGGACUCGGGCCUGUACCUGUGUGAAGUGAGCACAACUUAUGGUGGCAGCUCUGAUGAAUGCAGACUCAAUGUCACUGCAGCGAGGGAUCGGCCCGAACCUGAGAGACCAAACACAGAAAGUCGGGGAAUGAUCGGCCUCUACUCUGCACUGGGACUGACAGCAGCAGCAGCAGCGCUGGGUGUUUGUUACUGUUUAUUCAGUCACUUUCAGCCUGGU